CUUUUCUAAUUUUUUUUCUCAGACCUCCCGCCUACCACCUUUCUACCCCGAAAAGAUCCUAACACAUUACUCUUUUUCAGAAGCAUCGACAUUGCAGCUAUGGUUCGGUCAGUUGCCUUCUUGGCUGCCCUCCUUAUCUUAUUACAAGUGGCGUUCGCUGGAGCCCUUGGUGAUGGGCACUACCGUAUCAGCCAAUACGAUUCCCUGCUUAGUGCGCAAAAGUCGGAGUCGGAAACGCCUGCCUACUUUAUAAGUGAGGACGACAACCUUGACCAAGUUUGGCACAUCAAACACAUUGAUGAUGACCAUGUCACCAUCUCAAGCCCAGAGACUGGUCGCUACCUCGGAGUGAAAGGGGGUGAGCCUCAUUCCCAUGCCUUUAUUGUUGCUGGCCAUGAACAACAGAAAUGGAGGAUUACACAGAGUGGUGUAGAAAAAGGCCACCAUAAUAUUGUCUAUCCCAAGCAAGUUGAUGGUCAGGACCUUUCUAUCGGUAUCGCACCCUUUCGAAUCUUUCCUCCACGUAUUGCUCUGGAGUACGCUAAUGGACCUACAAGCCGCACAACUCAUUGGGAGUUCAUAAAGGUUGAGGACUUUGCAUCCUGUGGCUCUGAGAGAAGGAUCCCACGCUUCCGCUCUCAAUUGAGAUGGUAUUGGGACUAAGGCUGGAGGGUCCAAUCUUUUAUUUAAAAUGGUCUUGUAAGUAAUAAAGGCUAUAACUGAUUAACCAAAGUGGACGAGAG